CUUUAAAAUCAUUACACUAAAAUUCGGAAUGGCGGCACUAGCGGCAUACUACCAAAAUAUAAUUUGUGGUUUUGUUUACUAAAAAUUAACUGAUCUAAGUGAUCUAGAUUACUUGGAAAUUAUUAUUUUUAAAAUUAUGUAAUUAUUGGGUUUUUGGCAAUACCAGUUUAAUGGACCGCGUAACUGUGACGUCAGGGCAGCCAUUUUUGUGACGAUUUAGUUCCAAACAAAACAAAGUACUGUCAAUUGUUGUGUCGAAACGUGUUCUGCCAUAAGCUUUUUGAAUUUGUGUAUUUUUUUGAAAAAUUAGAAGAGAUCAAACAGGUAAUUUUUAAUAUUUUGUAGAUACAUUAAGUGAUAAACUUUUUGCAAAGUAGAAUUAGUUUAUUACUUUAUUCAAAUAGAUUAAAAUUGCUUUUUAAAUAAAGUUAGGUUAGAAUGCUUUUUCAUGAUAGUAUUGUUUACUGUUUUUGGCAAAUAUUCAUUUUAUUUUAGAUGAACCAUGGCUUCCGUGAAACAUGUUCUAAAAUUCAGUUCCAUUAUGAACUAUUUUUCGGGUGCUGAUGAGAUAAAGCUUAUUUCGAGAGGAGAGAAUGCGGUGGAAUCGAACCAUAUAAAAAGUUUCCAUUUUGUGGCAAACUUAGGGUUAUUAAAAGGCGAAAUACAUGCUAGUAUGAGAGAUCGUGUUGAUAAUGUCCAAGUAGAGCUUAAUGAAGAUUCCAUUCGAAAAUCAGAAUGUAAUUGCCCUAGAGGCCAGUACUUAUGUCAUCAUGUUGCUGCUUUAUGUAUAUAUGGACAUUAUAACAUAUCAGUUACAGAUACUGAAUGUCGCUGGACUGCGAGGAAACCAAAAGAGGAAGACGUAAAACGGUAUCAGAUAUAUACAAGGAGAAAAGUCACACAUCUGUGAAUAGAAAUUUAACAGAUGGCGAAUUGGCUCAAUUUCGUGAGGGCCUACAAAGCUAUAGAACCACUCUAGGUUUUAGUUGGUUACUAAGACCUGAACCUGAAAAUACACCAACAUUGGUAAAAGAUGUAGAAGAAUUUUUAUUUUCUGCUGAAUAUUGCAAUGCAGAAAAUAAAAUUGAGUUUUUCAAAAAGGAAAUGCAAGUGUCAUAGGACCAAAUUCGAGAACUAUGCCAG